AUGUCAUUGUCAAGUGUCAAACGCAAACGUCAUAACCAUAACUCUUAACAAUCAAAAGUUAGCUUUGCUAUCGAACAUUACUGGAAGUAUUGAUAAAACAAAAUAUUAUUAAAUAUAGUAAUUGACGGUUUAACACUAUAAAAAUUAUUGUAAAUCUUAAAAUUGAAUGGAACUUUUUCAUACAUAAUAACCUAAUUCAUCGGCUCAUUACUCAAUGUUGUGUAAUUUAAAAUAAGUUGAUAAGCUGAAAUUGUCUUGAAUUUCUGUGAUUAUACUUAUGUUUUUACAAUGGCUGUAACAGAAGUUACGUACCUGGUUGUUGGUGGAGGCAUUGCCGGUGUAACUUGCGUGGAAACUUUAGCCAUUCUGCACCCUGAGGAAACACUUGCCAUUAUAACUGCUUCUUCUUUAGUAAAAAAUGUAAGCAAUGUGAGUUUCUUUGCUAAGACCAUUGUAAAGUUUGAUGUAAAUGAAACAGAAGCAAGCUCUUUGAUGAGAAUUCAUCCAAACCUUAAAAUUGUCUUUGAUUCUCUGAAACAUGUGGAUACACACAAUCAAAUUGCCUACACUUACGCUGGUGAUGAAAUUAUAUAUAAAGUUAUGUGUAUUUGUACUGGUGGAGUACCUAAACUGAUAAGAGACUCUGAUAAAAGUAAGAGGAUACUUGGAAUCAGAGAUACUGAGUCCGUAAAAGAAUUUCAGGAAAAGCUAAAAACAGGCCGGAGGAUGGUUGUAGUUGGCAAUGGUGGUAUAGCAUCUGAGAUAGUACACGCUACAUCUGGCAUACAGAAAGUAUGGGUAAUUAGAGAUGACUACAUAUCAGCCACAUUUAUAGAUCCUGGAGCAGCAGAGUUUUUCCAAAACACAUUUAAAAAUAGAGAGUCGCAGCCCAAUCAAAAAACUGUUAUCAGAAGACAUGUAUUUACUGAAGAAGACCAAGUGGUUUCUUUAAAUAAAGAUCUUAAGUCUGCAGCAUUAGGGCCAGAUUGGUACAAAAAACUAGAAGGAAUUAAAGAUGACAAGGGUGUACAAGAACUUGAGAUUGUAUACAAAGUUGAGAUAAGUUCUGUUGAAGAGAAAAGUGAUAAAGAGUUUCCACUUGAAGUUGUGCUUUCAAAUGGUAGAAGUAUUGAGUGUGAUUUUGUUAUUUCUGCAACUGGUGUUGAACCUGCUGUAAACUUCUCAUGGGAUAAAGAACCUGUGAAAGGUCCAGAAGGGGGUUUGGCUGUAAAUGAGUUCCAAGAGACAUCAAUAAAGAAUGUUUUUGCUGCAGGUGAUGUUGCACAUGCAUCAUGGGAGCUUGCUGCUCAUUGGUUCCAGCUCAGGCUAUGGACUCAAGCUAGACAAAUGGGAGGAAUGGCUGCUAAGGCAAUGCAUGGUAGAGUUGUCAAUGAAGAAGUGUUGCAAGAUUUCUGCUUUGAACUAUUUACACACUGCACCACUUUAUUCGGAUAUCAGGUUAUUUUACUAGGGAAGUAUAAUGCCCAAGGAUUAGGGAAUGAUUAUGAGAUAUUGCUUCGAAUGACUCCUAAUCAUGAAUAUAUUAAGCUAGUCCUACAAAAUGGAAAGAUGCAGGGAGCUAUUCUUAUUGGAGAAACAGACUUAGAAGAAAUGUGUGAGAAUUUAAUCCUAGAUCAGUUGGAUUUGACACCUCUUGUAGAUGAUAUUUUGAAUCCAGAUAUUGAUAUUGAUGACUAUUUUGAUUAAGGAAAACUGUGAUUAUUAGCUGUUAUAACAGUAUAAAUGUUACUAAUAUUGUUAUUAUUAUUUUUAUUUAUACAGUUAUGUAAAUAAUAAAA